UCAUCACCAAAAAAGAGAAUCCAGUUUUGUUAAAUUAAUUUGUGUAAUAAUAUGUUCAUUACUGAACCUGAACAAGGAGUAGACAGAUUAUAGUUUCUAAAGCUUCUCUGUCGGGAUGCAUAGGCGAGAAGGACAAUUGGAGUCGCCGGCGUCGCUUAUGGAGCUCCACACCAUUGCCCAGUUGUACAAUAGCAUGUGCAAUCUUCUCCAUUCAAGACUAAUAAGUGCAAAUUGUGAACUCUUUGCCAAACAAGAAGAUAUGAGGAUCAGGCAUAUAGGCCCCAAUAAGGAACGUGGAGAGAUCAAUCUGGUCGAUUGUAGCCACAAGGGAUACUGCUGUAGUAUUUGGGAGAAAGAGUACGUCUGCACCUGAUGGUGAUAUGCCAAAGUUUUGUAUUUUCUAGGUAAAUUUGCUACAUGGGAAUAUUCCUCAAUGGCAAAAAUACACCAUGAUAGUGAUAAUGAUAUACGGAGUACAUCCUAUACUGAACAAGAGCAAGACAGAAAAGAGUAAAAGAUUCUCUCCGAAGUAAUUACAGAUUGCUUCCAGUGAUUUUCAAUUCCAAGUAAUAAAGAAUAUAAGGUUACAAUUCAUCACCUGAAAAAACAGAUCUUUGUAGUCAUAGUAAUGUCUUCUCCAAUUGACCAUACCGAGCCAUGGUCCAAAUUUUAUCUACAAUAGGAAACACACGAUGAUGACAUAUCAGAUAUUACAAAUCACUAUAUGAAAUGUUUAAUUUUUA